AUGGCGGAUGCAUCCCAAAUCACAGCACUUGCCACCGAAGCUGGCCGGAUUGCGAUUGGACAAGUGUCCGGCCGCAUCUCGCUGUGGGAUUUGGAUGGCCAAACUUUCACUGAUGUUUCCGUCACGCUAAGCGACGCUUCUGCGGAUAGUGUGGAUGCUAAUGGCAUGCGCGACAGUCUUCAUUCGGUCCAGAAACUUGUAUUCUGCGCUGAGUCCAUCUUGUCACUCCAUGGUGACGGCUCGAUGUAUGCGUGGCCCUCAAUGCUAGGCGAUUCCAUGAGUCGUGCACGCGUUCUGGUUGAAUCGCAGAACGAGCUCGCCCCCUCAUGGACAGCCGCGUCUCUAUCGACGAAUGAGCCAGGGACUUGGAUAGGCGCCUCGUCGUCGCGUGGGCAUCUUGCCAUAUAUCAUGUGUCAAAAGACUUGCGCGUCGUCCAAAUGUACACGGUCCAAAAUCCUGCCAACGUGCCGAUCCGCUGUGCUGUGCUUGUUCCUCAAUGUUCUAAUGGACAGAACCGGCAAGAUCUUUCUAUACGUCCUACACCACCACGGAAUCCUGGGAUUUUGUCGCCAUCCGCCACUAGCGCGACUCCUAAAACGGUAACAGCACCAACAGCCACUUCAUCGUCUUCAUCUUCUUGCUUGGCAUCUCCUGCACAUAGGCACAAUCUUGCCGCGGGUGAUGAAAAGGGAAUCUUGCACGUAUGGAAACUACUGGAUAAAGGGAGCUCAUCAAUUGACAUGGAUCUUGCGUUAGACAUGCCUUUUGAUGGGCCUGUGCGAGCUAUGCAAAUCAUGCCAGGCACAACGCUAUUACUCGUACAGACAUCCAACCGCGUUUGGCUUAUUGAGUGGCUUGAUACACGACGUCUACCGCUUCAACCUCUCGACAGUAUUCCGAAUCCACGUGGCUCGGUCGAUAUUGUUCCCAUGCCUAGAGUUGAGUGGCUGUUAGGCAUAUGUCGUGCAGGUGAAGCAAGUUCUCGCUGGGAAAUUUGGCGGGCCCGCAUUCCUUCAUCGUUGGUGCAACAUGUCACUCCAAGCACGACAGCUGCAGUUACAGCUUUAGCCUCUACAUCCAACCCAGCCUUCAAGUCGGCAUCUUCACCAGAAUCGACCACCGUGUCGGCAUUGACAGCAAGUUCCUCAACGAGCGGUAAUUUUUUCCAGGUUGAGCGGAUUCCCAUCGACAUUGAGUCCCUGAUACGUACAGCCGUGCGCAAUUCCGUUGUACAAGGUCUGCACCCACCGUCUCGUCUGCCUUUGCUCACGACACGCAUCGACCGGAUGUUUCGUGUCGGCAAUACAUGGCAAUGGAUCAUUCCAUUUGGAAGCACUAUACUUGCUUUUUCUGCUGAGCAGGGAACUACAUAA